GUUGGCAAUCGCGGAACGGAGUUUAGCAUUGAACGGGGGACCAAAAAAAUUGUCGGACGGGAAGCGGAUGUGGGAGCAUGUUUAAACUGAACCAAAAAAUCAACAUAGCAAACGCUAACUGUGAACGGGUGUUACAGCGAAGAACUUGGGAGGCUGGAAAAGUGUCACAGAGUUAUUCUGCUUGAAUGUGUGGAUGAGAAAAGUUCCCUUCAACAAAUAACCGAGGACUAAACAUCAGAUAAUAUUUGCGCCAUGAAUCCACCCAAUCCGUUCGGCAGUCCACAAGGUGGAGCUUUCCAAGCCCCCAGCAACACUAUGAAGACAGGUUUGUUCCAGACGUUUGGACAACAAAGUUCAAGCAAUCAGCCCCCAACUAUGGGAUUUUUUCAACCAUCAGCGUUUGGACAGCCAUCUGUCUUAAAUCAGCCCACACCUCAUGGAAAUACCAUGUUUGGACAGGCCCCAGCCUUUGGACAGUCUUCUGCACAGCCCACAAUAAGCCAAGCUCCAGCGUUUGGACAGCCGUCAUUAGGAAUGAGCAGCUCAGGCUUUGGGAGAGGCGCAGCACCAGCUUUUGGACAGACUAGUGGACCAAACCAGAGUUCAGUCUUUGGGCAGACACCUGCAUUCGGGCAGACUUCUGCAUUUGGGCAGGCCCCAGGAUUUGGCCAACAGCCCUCUGGGUUCGGAAACUCCCAGAUGGCUUCUGGAUCCACCACUGUCGUAGGGCAACCUCAGCCACUGGGAUUUGGGCAGCCUGCAUUUGGACAGCCAUCGUCUACCAGUGUCACCACCAGUGCAUUUGGCACAGCUCAGAGUGUGACCCAGAGCCGAGCUUUUGCGCCAUCUGAAUUCAGUUUCAAGCCGGCCAAUGAGGCACUUUUCAAACCCAUUUUCAGUGCCAGCCCUGAGCCUGCUAAUCCACAAACUACUUCAAUGUCCAGUUCACCUUUUGGCAGCAGUGGGAACCAGACAAGCACCAACACCAUGAGUACCAGCAGCACAGCCGCUGGCUUCUCCCUUUUGACAGGUGAUAAACCUGGGUCGCUGGGCUUUAGCUUCUCACAGCCUGCUGCAGCCCCCUCCAUCCCUGCUCUAAACAAUCCACCAACAACUAGCAAUAGUGGCGGUCCUGCAAACACUUUGCAGUUCACCUUUUCCCAGCCGGCCCCUCUCUCCAGCACUAAGGCAUCCACCACCCAGCCCACCACCCCAUCUUCUUUCAGCUUUACAGCCAAAGCCCCCCUACCCCAGACAACAUCCCUUUUUGGAGGAACUAAUUUUGGCCAGCCCCCGCCUUAUCCUGAAACUAAAGGUCAAGCAGAGACUAGCACAGAUGAGAAAAGGAGUAACCUUGAGGCCCUAGCGGAUACAAAUAUAUUUGCACGAUUUGGCAAAGGCACCAAGCGCAAGGACGAUCCAGCGACGCCCAGCAGUGGCCCAGAGAAGCCUGCCACUGAGGAGGAUGUUUCAGCAGAAACAGAUUCACCAAGACACCCCCCAAAGAGGCCCCUAAUGAGGUCCCGUGGCCCAACGGGAGGCUUAUUCAGUAGGGCACUGAGUGGUCUUCGUAGAGACGGCACUAACCCAGUAAGGCGAGAGGCCACAAAGGAGCAGGGAUCGAAGUGGGACGAGACAGGGGGGGAAGAUGUCCAAGGGCAGGGUGACGAUCUGACUGCUACACCACCCGCUGUACAAACACUCACCAGGGAAGUGCUGGAAAAAGCUGAGGAGUUAGAUGCAGCAAAACCCUCUGACCCAAAGCUUGAAACCGUAACCCCUGUGAAACGUGGCGUACGCAGGGAGAGCUCGGACAGCCUCGGUGGCAUGUCUCCUACUGACUGCACCACCAUCCAGUGCAGGGAUCUGCCUGCAGCCCUCAACAAAAAGGACACACUCAUGAAGCACUUUGCUCGUUUCGGCAAAGUUUCUAAGGUGUUGUGUCGGCCUGGCAAGAACCUGGCUAUAGUCCACUUUGACGACCAUGCAUCAGCAGCAAAGGCCAAGAAGAAAGGCAGAGUCCUGCAUCGACAUGAACUCCUCCUCUUGUGGCAGAGAAAGAAGCAAAGUCCGGGGGAGAAAGGGAGCAGAGCUGCAGCAGGAAAGGAGGAGGCAGAGCAAGAAAGCCAGGAGGAGAAAGAGCCCAAGGCUCCCUCCUCCCCUCUCAGAAGACCUGCACUCAGAGCUCCUGCAGUUAGCAGCACAGUGGCCUUCAGCCGCAGCUCUCCAGUGAAGAAGCCACCACUGGUCAAGGGUCUGCAGUCAGACACUGAACCCCAGAAAGAGAGCAGCACGGAGUCCCAGAGUUCAGAGCGCCCAGUCCCCUCCUCCCUUCUCCACCUCAUUGGUCAAUUGGCAGAGACUGCUGAGGACAAGUACCGCCUCCUGGAGCAGAGAGACAAGGUCCUGCGUCAAGGUCGGCCAAAGCGGACAGACCUGGACCUGUCUAAGGUGUUUGUGGGGACGUGUCCUGACAUGUGUCCAGAGAAGGAGAGGUACAUGAGAGAGACACGGAACCAGCUCAGCGUAUUCGAGGUCUUCCCAGACACUGAGAUGGUGGAUCACGCAGCAGCCAUCAAGGAGUACAGUCGCUCCUCGGCCGACCAGGAGGAGCCCCUGCCCUUUGAGUUGCGCCCUCUGCCUGUGCUCAGCAGGACCAUGGACUACCUGGUGACUCAGAUCAUGGACCAGGGCCAGGACAACUACCGCGACUGGUAUGACUUUGUCUGGAACAGGACCCGUGGUAUUCGUAAGGACAUUACCCAGCAGCACCUGUGCUGCCCACAUACAGUGUCGCUGAUCGAAAAGUGCACACGCUUCCAUGUGCACUGCGCCCACCAUCUCUGUGAGGAGCACAUGUCAUCUUUUGACGCCAAGAUCAACAACGAGAACAUGACAAAGUGUCUGCAGAGUCUCAAAGAAAUGUACCAGGACCUGGCUACACGUCAAAUCUACUGCCCCCGGGAGGCGGAGUUUCGCCAGUACAACGUGCUGCUGAAGCUCAACGACGGAGACAUCCUGCGUGAGGUGCAGCAGUUCCGUGACGAUGUGCGUAACUCCCCUGAGGUGAAGUUUGCAGUUCAUGUAUUCACUGCAGUCAACAGCAACAACUUUGUGCGCUUCUUCAAGCUGGUGAAAGGAGCCUCGUACCUCGCCAGCUGCCUCCUGCACAGAUACUUCAACCAGGUCAGAGCUAAGGCCUUGAAGACCCUCAACAUUGCCCACACUGUGGGUCCGCGGUCGACUGCGUUUCCAGUUGAGGACAUAGCUCGGAUGUUUAUGUUCCCCGACAUCGCAGAAGCUACUGACUUCAUCCAGCAGUACGGCCUUAAUGUCAGCGAUGGCAUUGUUGAGCUGAGUCGUACAGCGUAUCAGGAUCCAGAGCUGCCGCUGUCCCAGAAGAAGUCCGAGGUCAUCCUGGCAAAGAAAACAGUGCUGGUUGGAGAGGUGGUGAAUGGAGGCCCCCUCCCCAACCCUCCCCAGCACAUUCCUGUCUGCAGCUUCGACUCCCAGAACAAGUACCGUGGAGAGGGCCCUCAGGCUGAGCCCACGUCAAGCCAGUAUAAAGUUGUUGCUGCCAAGUUGGAGGUUACGGCAUCCCCCAGCGCUGAGCUGCAGCCGCAGGUCACGUCACUUCUAGACACUCCCUCUGCGUUCGUGCUGCCUCCAGCUGUUCCAGAUGAGCCCAGUUACAGCUCGGCCCUCCCAGCAGACGCCCAGCAGCUUUUCCAGCCGAUAUCUCAGCCUCAACCUGUCAAACCCCCAUCACCUCCAGCCAAACCUCGGCCGGUGUACAGCGAUGAGGACAUAAUGGCUGUACUGGACUGCGUGAUUGAAGAGGUGGUUGAAACAGCAGUGAGGGAAGUAGCUGAUGUCGGUGCCAGCUACGCCACAACUGCUCUUGUCGAAAGCAGUUUGCAGGUGGAGACACUGGUGGAUGAGGUGUUGGGACAGAUGCUGCAGGAGAUGUCCUCCACCGAGAUCAAGUUGGAGCAGGAGCGUGUUGCUGAAGAGAAGCGCAAGCUUGAAGAAGCCAGGAGGAAGCAGGAGCACGAGGCUUUCCUGGUUCAGUUCAGCUUCUCUCUCUGCACAGAGCUCAUCCAUGAAGUUUUAGAUGAGACCAUCAAGGAGACGGCUGCCUCUGAGAUCCAGCAGGCAGUGAAUGAGAAAGCAGAGUGUGUGGCUAAAUGCACAGAGCAGGUCUGCACCAGUCUAAUUGAGGAGACUCUGAAUGCAGAUAUUGCUCUGAUGGUUGAAGAAAUCCUCGAUGCUGAGCUGCAACGUAUCCACAAGUACAUCAAAAGGUGGCGUGAUGUGGUAGCAGUUCGUCGGCAGCUGAAGAGACAGAUGAGAGGUUUCCCUGCAGCUCCUUGCUGUGUGGACCCUCGAUUCAAACUCAAGGCUCUGGCUCCCAGCGCCCCUGCACAGCCCUCCAUAGCAGAUCUGGCCCGUGGUCUGAUCAACCUGGGAAACGCCGGCACCCUAGCCCUGUCCAGCACCAGGUUAUUAAAGAUGAGGCAAGAAGCAAUCCACCAGAUGAGAGUCCACUACUACUAUCAGCAGCUGCUUGAGGAGACGGUGUGGGCGCCGCUCGACCUGCCAGCACUGGUGGCAGAAAACAUCCCUGACCCACCCGACCGCGUCUUCUGGAAAGUUGCUGUCCUCUUACCCAGCGACCACGAGAGCGUAGCCAGCCUGGCAGACAGGAUCCUGUCAGACUGGCUGGAGGUGAAACUUGGUGGUGACAAGGCGUCUGAGCUCAGGGAGGAGCAGCCAGAUGGCACACUGCAGACCCUCUGUGUCACCAACACACUGCAGGAGAAAGGACAACGCACUCACAAAGUCCACAUCAGCGUCAAGGCGUCCCGAGGUCCGCUGACUGAAGACGGCCUGUCCAAAAUGGAGGAGAGCUGUGAGCUCCACGGGACAGGAGCUCUGAUCAUGUUGCUCCCUGCCAUGCCCAUCGUGGAGCCCGGGCACGAUGAACAGGAUGUGCCUCUGCUGUCAGCCUUGCUUCAGCUCAAACAGCUACAACAGGCCAGCACCUGGCACUGCCCCCUGCCCCUGGUCGUUCUGGUGCCAGGGCCUGAUGGUGGCACUGAUGACACACAGAAACUUGUAGAAGCUCUGAUGCUGCACACACUGGUGAAGGAAGGCCUGAUAUCAGAGUACACAUUCUUCUUCAUACCAGAGACCACAAGUGACAUCCAGGGAUCCAAACAGCUAAGCCAAGCGAUGCGUUGGCUGCUCGCCCAUGCUCCACCACCCUUCCCUCUCUCCUGUCAGACCCUGGUGCAGCUUGUCGAGGCCACUUUGAGUCGUGAGUUCAGUCCCAGAGUUUACACCCACCGACAGGAGCGAGCCGCCGCCCGUCUUCCUUCCCAGGACCCCGCACCUGUCAUCCAGCUGUACAACGGUGUCCUGGCUCACGUUGCUGACAAAGUCUCAUCACAGGAUCUCUGCAAACUCUCGUGGCCGCCCGGCGAGUUCUGCCUGCCUAAUACCCGGGACUUUGUCCCUCAUCUGGGCUGGAACUCGACUCAGCACCUGGCCUGGCUUCGCAAAGCCAUCCUCAGCCUGCAACUGCCACAGUGGGAUCAGCUAUCUCCCACUGACUCAUGGUCUGAGCUCUGCUCCUCCAUCUAUCACUACGCCGCUCAGAUCCCAGUCUCACGUUGCAGUCAGCCUCUCUUGAUGUCACGGCUGGAAAACCUUCUGGAAAGGGUCAUGCUGAAAGGUCACCGUACCCGAACCCCCAGAUCCAAGGUAACCAUGGGAAACUGGAGCAGUGCAGAUGAGAGUGUGUGUCCAGCCUACAGCCGGAUCCCCUGGGAUGACGUGCUGGUCAUCUGCAUAGACCACAAACUGAAAGACUGGCAGAUACCUGGACCGCCUGCCUGUGAAGAUGCUGUGACAGAGGAUGGGGAGAUCCUGGUUUACUUCCCCACAGAGUCACUGAAGGGUUUCCAGCCACCUGAGGAAUGGAGCCAGGCCAUCAAGCAAACACACAAGGAGAAGCAUCAGGGCAUGGAAGGGGCAAGUGCAGCUGCCUGUGCCACACCCACCAGUCUGUUCCUCAGACAGAGGUUGUUCCACACUUUGGCAGAGCCCCUCGAGGCCACGGCAGCCCCCCUGGACAUCACACACAUUCCCACGUCACAGGAGCUGCUGGCCCACAAAGUCCUCCGGAGCUUAGAGGAGGAGAAGGCUGAAAGCAAAAGGAGCAUGGAUCAGCUACAACGCUGGCUGGACGGGGACCCCUUGGACCACUUGUCCACACCGCUCUUCGUUCCAUCCUCCACCCUGCUGUCCAUGCCCACAACCAUAAUUCAAGCCCCCACAGCCAAGAUUAAAGAUGUUGCACUUGCACAGGAGUCUGACGAUCCGUCGGAGAAAGCAGACUGGCCUAAAACCGUGCCUGUGUCUAUGGCAUGGCGACUGAAGGAACUCCAUCGACAGAUUGUGGCGAGCCAAGAGGAAGAGAUGGCCUGCAGACUGAAGCUGAACGGUCUGCUUAACAUUGUCGAUGACUGAUGAACUGUUGCCGCACAAUAUUUUAACGUCUUUGGAUUUAUUCAGAUGUUUGAGAAGUGAGGACAAAAAAGCCAUUCGUCUCCAUCGACAGACCACUGUGAUGUAUUUGCUGAGUCACUGUCUUGCGAACUUUUCAUCUUUAGUCUGUUGAGGUCUGAUUCACUGACCGGAACCAUGUGUGCCAUAUUUUUUGUUUUUAAUUAAGGUCUGAGUGUGAAGAAGUAGAGAAGAAAUUCAAAGAUUUCUACUCUUGGUUUAAUUUUUGUACCUUUUGAUUUAGCAUUUAUAACUUUUAAAUGUGUGUGUCUAUAAGUACAAAUACAGACUGUUGGUUUUUGCACAAACCUGAUGAGAUGCUGACUCGUGAAGUGUGUUAAAACCUGUAGAAAAGCUGCUUUUUCUCGUCAUUAACACAUUGAAUUACUUGGAUUGUGCUUGAACACUGAACGGCUUCAGCUUUAGUUUGAACUUAUUUUUGUACUGUUGAGUUGUGAAAUUGUUGUAUAAAUAUUGAAUAAAAAUGAUAUUUUUCAUGUAAAUU